UGCAACAAAGAGAAUGGAAUUUAUGCAGCACUCGUAAAAGCGCAGCAGUUUCAAGAGGAGCAUGAGAAUGCGAAAAGAAAAACAUCCCCGGCCGAAGAACUUCCGCCACUCGUUUUUCGCAGAUCUUCUGUCGAGCAUCGAAACUCAUCGACCUACAGUGUACCUUCCUCGGUGGCCAGAGCUAGCAUCAUAAGCAGUGUAUUCGUGCCGCGCGAGUCCAUUGUGGAGGAAGAGAAAGCAGCGGCAGAACUUACUGAAAAGAAAAAAGGGCCGACUGGACUGUGGCAACUGUACGCGAACUGUCAAGGCAACUACACGAAAUUAGUGGCAGCAACUUUGAUCUCAAUAGUACGUGGGUUGGAACUACCUGCUCAUGUGGCCCUCUCUAAUUUGACAUUUAAAGCGUAUUCGAAUACGAAUUCCGACGUGAUGAUGCGUGGAAUGCUGGUGAUCUUCAUAACUUACACUCUGCUCGGCAUUGCUUGCCUCAUCGUCAUCUUUGCUGCGACUUUUGCAUUUGGCUGGACUGCAGAGUGUGUUGUGGACUCGCUGCGUCUUCGAGCUCUCCGGAAUGUGCUUUACCAGGACGCCGCAUAUUUUGAUGUGCCCGCGCGAAGUCCAGCUCUUACGGUGACACGCAUCUCAGUGGAUGCGCCCAAUAUCAAAGCAGUUAAAUAUUUUUUUGUUGAAAAACAAUAG